UUCACCUACAAAUUUGACCCGGCAGCUGAUUGCCGAUAUGAUAAGUUAAAAAGAUUUUCUACUCGCAGUGUACAGAAGUGUUGUUUCAUUUGUUAAUUUCCACAAAGCCAAAAGUGCAAACUAGCGAGGAGCAUAUCCUGUUUGGCUAUCGUUAUCGUCAUUGCAGUAAUCGGCAUGUUGAUUUGAAAAUUUGCAUCUCUCAUAACUUGGAACUCGAGUUCAUUUACAAGACUUAUUCAUUAUGGCCAAACGUCAGACGUGGGAGCACAUGCGUCACGUUUUCCAAUGUGCAGUGAGAGCAGUGCAUCCGGAGAAGAUAUUUGCCGACUUUAAUAUCCACGACCUGCGACCCUCAGCUCAGAAUCAGAGUGUUUAUAUCAAGCUGAAUGGAGAGCAACAUGAUAUAACAGGCAAGACGUGUCACAUUGUCGGCUUUGGCAAAGCUGUGCUGGGCAUGGCUAACAAGGUGCAGCAGGAUCUGGGCGACUGGUCAGCUGGCGGUGUGCUAAACGUGCCGCUCAACAGCGUGCAGCAGUACAAGCAGCCCAUCAGCCAGAAACUGAUCACAUACGAGGGAGCGCCCAACAAUUUGCCAGAUGAGAUGGCUUUGAAUGGAGCGAAGGCCAUCAAGAAGCUAGCGGAGAGCAUGACCAGCAAGGAUAUACUCUUUGUAUUCAUUUCAGGAGGUGGCUCGGCGCUGUUACCGUUGCCCAAGCCUCCAUUGACGCUGCUAGACAAGCGCAACAUAGUGGACAAGCUGAUGAAACACGGCGCCAGCAUUCAAGAGUUGAAUACUGUGCGCAUUGCCUGCUCGGAUAUCAAAGGCGGUGGAGUAGCGCUGGCUGCGCAGCGGGCGCACAUGUUGGUCACCUUUGUUCUCAGCGACAUUGUCGGUGAUCCACUGGAGUUGAUUGCCUCCGGGCCCACCAUACAACCAAGCGCUAGGGAUCAAUCAGCAAAGGAUAUAUUGAUUAAGCAUGAAGUGUGGAAUGAACUAUCAACAGAGCUACAGCAGCUCUUCGAACAACAGUCAACUGAACAGCAACAGCAGCAGCAACUCGACAAUGGCAAAGUCUUUGUUGUGGGCAGCAACUUGAUAGCGACCACAGCAGCAGCUAAUGAAGCCACCAAACUAGGCUACAUACCCUGUGUACUGAGCUGCUCCAUACAGGGCGAAGUGAAUAGCGUGGCAGCGGAUUAUCAGCGAUUGCUACAUGGCAUACAAGAGCACAAGCAGAACAACAUCAAUCAAGAGCAGCUGCGCGAAAGAUUUGCCUUUGACGAAAAGAGUUGGGUGGAAUUUCUGAAAGCGCUCGAACAGCAUGUGACAAACAAAAAGCCGCUCUUUCUUAUCUGUGGCGGCGAGCCGGUGAUCAAAGUCACGGGUCAGGGCUUGGGCGGCCGCAGUCAGCACUUGGCGCUGCUCAUGUCGCAAAUGCUGCAUCGGGAUGAGUUGCUAAACGAUUGCAGUUUCCUUAGCGCUGGCACGGAUGGCAUUGAUGGGCCCACGAAUGCAGCUGGUGCCAUAGGUGAUAGCUGUGUCAUCGAUGCCUAUCUGGCUAGCCAUACCCUGGACGAGCUGGCCAACUGCUUGCGCAACUGUGAUAGCUACAACUUCUACAGCCAGCUGGAAGACGGUGGCUAUCAUAUGGUCACUGGGCACACGGGCACCAAUGUCAUGGAUUUGCAUUUCCUCGUUGUGCCGUAAGAGUUUGGUUGAGUUGAGCUGGCAGCUGCUCUUGAAACCCGGCCCGAGGCAUAGUUUCAAUUUGUUUAAUAAGUGUACAGACAGUUUUUACGAUUUUCCUGUUUAAUUUUAACUUAUAAAUUUUUACGACUCGUUUCAUUAACGUUUUUAUUCUUUUUUUUUUGUGUAAUGUGAAUAUGAAGUCGAGCGCCGACAUAUCUCUCCUAUGCUGUGCCGCAUCUAUGCUCAAGUGAACAAACAUAAAACUUGGCAAUUAGCUUUUUCCUCUCUCAAUGAAAACUAAUAAUAUAAUAAAACAUUUUGUUCUCCGCCUUAUGAAAUCAGCAAUCAGCAAUAUUUUGUG